AUGGCCUACCCACCCCUCCACCUCGCCCAAAUCAUCAACAUCCACCCAAACCAUGAUGCACAAUGCAUCGGCUGGGCCAAAACAGCAGGUCGCAGGUGUCGCCUAGUUGCCAGUGCCGCAAGUCGCGCCGAAGCCAGCGAUUUACUGGAACAAGCCAAUAAACAGCUCUACGCGGGGUACCGCAUCGACGAGAUACUGGAAUCUAUCGCGUUCUUGCUCCUCUGUAGAAGGUGGCACCAGGAUCAAGCACCGGCAGUCUCCGGACAGUGGAAGGCCCAAAUUUACCGGUAUUUUGCGGCGGCAGCAGCAGCAGUCCAGGCUCCUCCUGUUGCUCAGGUUUGGCAUAAAAGGGACCAUGAUGUUGAGGUGUCUCUGCCGAUUUCAAACUUAAGAGAUUCUCCUCCUAUCUAUCUUCACAGUGAUCGUGAACAGAUCAGUCGAUCUCAGUUGCAAGUUCAGGCUCAGGCUCAGACCCAGGUUCAACCACAUAGAGAUACUUGUCUUCCUAUCCAGCCCAAUUCUUCUUUCACUCAUUCCUCUUCCACCCCUCCUUCUGUCUCUACAGAAGCAAACGCAGAACCAGAAACAGACCCCUCAUCCGAAAUGUUCGCACGAACCUCCCGCCCCCGGCGAGUCGUGAUGCCCACGAGACUCAACCACACCAAAGUGCACCCCGAAGCAAUCAUCAAAAGAGACUCUCAGGGUAUCAGCAGCAGCACCAGCACCUACGGAGUCAAAGCUUCGUCCUCGACUUCCGCUCCUCCUCCUCCUCCCAUUCCCAAAGUCAACCGCUCCAUAACGGCAUCUCCCUCUCGUCAAUAUUUCGAAGACAGAACCCGUAUGAUUGACGCAUACAUGCAGAAGCUGCGACGUAUGGAGCCCCCGGAAGACGAUACCGACUUUGAGGAAGCAACAACCGCCCAGAAAGAAGAGCAGAAGGCUAGUCUUCUUCGGGAGUUGAAGGCCAUUGUGCCUGCGCGAGAGCGGCCGUCGGCGUCGUCAGUUGUGGCUCCUAUCCAGAAGCAGACAGCGCUCUUGGAGGGGGUGGUUGUUGAGGAGAGGAAGACAAAGCGUGUGGUUGAUGAGUACAUGGACGGGGUGAGGCUCAUGGAUUAUGGUGGGGAUGAGACAGACAGCGAGGAAGACGUGGGCGAGAUGAAGGAGAAGGUGAAAGGUGCCCUGGUGGCGCAGAUUAAGCAGAUUGGUCUGGACAUCAGGCGUGCCGGUGAUGAGAAGAGCAGGACACACGCAUCAAACAAGAUGGCCAGGGAGGUCAAGGUCGAGAUCGAAGAAUCUCCCCUGACUUCGAAACCCGCGGAUAUUGUCCGUCCUGUCCCCAUCCACGAAGAUGCGGUGGAGACAUCUACCAAGACAGCAAAGGAAAUCGACAUCAACGUCAAUGUGGAUAUCAACAAACCCACAACGCAACUUCCAGACGUGACAACCAUCAUCCAACCCAUCGAAGAUGAAAAGAAAGUAUCCAUCAUCACUGACAUCCACGAAAUGGCUGAUGACGAGUCAGAAGACCUCGCAUCUACUUCACCUCAUUCCUCCCCUUCCUCCGCCUCCUCCUCCUCCUCCUCAUCCACUCACUCCUUCCCAUCCCCAUACUCAUCCACCUCCUCUCUCGAAUCCCUAAAGCGAUCCAGCGAGCUCCUUUCCAUGGCCCUGCAAGAGCCACCCAUGAAGAACCACAUCAUCAUCAACAACAACGAUGACAAAAAGAACAACAACAACCCCACCCCCCAUCUACACACAAACCAACUCCAAGAACCUCUACCCAUUAACACCAAACACCUCACCCUCCCCCAACCCAUCAAAACGCCAUCUACCAAUCCCCUACCCAACAACAAACAUCCCCCAAACCCCUAUCCGACGCUCACGACGGGUCUAGCCAUCGGCAUCGCUCUCUUCGACGGCCUCGCAUGGCUGCUCGACAAGAAAACCCUGUCGGUCUGUGUCGGUUUCGGCGUGUAUAUAAAGGUAUUGGCCGUUGUUGGGAUGCUGUGA